AUGCUGGACGCACGUGCUCUGGUGGAGGCCUGGUUGCUCAAACAACCGGAGGAACAUAAAGCUCAAUUGGGUGCUCUCAUCGAUCCCAACUUCUACACCUGCCUGGAGUGGGUCCGCAAAAGGGUAUGUAGUUGGUAACCCGCGUGCCUUUAAUGCUUAGCGCAAAGUUAUCUAGUUAUUGAAGUGGGUUUGGAUCCGAUUAACACCUACCAGAGUGGGGCGACAUAUUGCUGAUGAGUGCGAAAAUGUGAUCGUUUGCAUUAACGAUACGAGAAGACUAUCACCGAGCUCAAAUACUGUUCUGAUGCCUAGAAUAGAUGCAUGCAUUCAUAAUCGGUGAAGUUUCAUGUUGCAUAAUGCAUUAGUCAAAGAUUAUGUCCUGCAGACAAUCUUCCGUUGUCGGUGACAUUAUUCUUUCACUUGUUGAAGUAUCCACGACUCCGGUACAUGAUUACUUGAGAAUCGUCGAUGAAAGUUACUUUUGGUGGUUCAAAAAAACUCCGGCUUUAUAUCAUACUAAUCUUUACUUUUGCACUGAUAUAAUGGUUUAACUGAACUCUUCGGUUUGAUGUGGUUAUGUAGUCCCACCUGAAGUAAACAAACCCCAGUCACCUGUAAUGCGGAAUCGGUGGUAAUAGGGGUUUUUAGAGGUGGGGCCGGGGAACGCACAGGCGACGAGGUCAAGUAGUUGUACGCAUAAGAAAAGCUAUUGGGAAUGCACGAUUGUACUUUUAAUAGUUGAGAAAUAGUUGCGCUAACCCCUAACCCUAACCCUUAGCCCCAACCCCAACAGCAUUGUGUCCAUCAGGUGGAGCUACCGAACCACAUCUUACCGACUAUUCGCAUUUGGUCUGUUCUUGAUGGUUUAUUCCCGUUCGAAAUUUGGUGCAGUAAUUUUGAGUUAUUCUUUUCUUACUUUAUGAUCUCUGUCAGUGUUGGUGCUAACAACCCAACUGGACAAUCAAAUAAGACCAGAGUUCAGUAUUGCCACGAAAUUCACAAAUAAAUGCUAAAUACGAACUCCGUCCACCUUUGUAAAUUAAAUACAUAGUCCGUUCCCCUGCCAGUAAAAAGUGAUCUGGAGUUUUGAUUAAAAAAUGGUCUUUCAUUGACCUAUGACUAAGAAGAGGUCGUAAAACAUUGGCGACAGCAGAUCUAUAUAGUGCUCUGCUUCACCUCUUAUCAGGGACAAACGGGGCGAAUGCUCCCCGGCAAUGACAGGGCUCGUUAGGGCAGAGGAAAUCCACGCAGACACAUCGGUUUCUUGGUUCGUAUCUUCUAGGGGAUGUGUUUUAGUGAUUAACACGCGUCUAUUUCAUAAUAAACGACCCCAGCCUACUUUACUUCUUUGGACAGAGAACUGCGUUUCAAAUCCAAAACCCCACUACUUUUCACGAACCUAUUAAUUUUUUUACCCAGAAUGAGUGCCUUAUUGGUACUAGCUAUGCCGGGACUAUAUUAAAUGGACUUUCCCAUCUGGUUGGUGCAACUACUUGCGCUCGCUUUACCGUUGGACUGAUUCGCGGCCUUGGUGCAAACUUGCCGGAAUCAACGAAGUCCCAACUAGCUCUAAAAGUCUGCGAAGUAAUGGGGGAGCAUCCUCCAGACCCUACACACCCCCUCAAUAUUCAGGUGAGCACUUUGAUGUACUGUACAAAAUUCUGUUUGGUGAUAGUUGUCUCUUAGUUAAUCUAAACAGUUAUUCCACUGACGCCAUUAUUGGUCACGUCACGGUAUGCAUAACAUAUGGCCGAACACGAAAUACCAUAUUCCAAAAGUUCCGGUUCUAUUUCGUUUUGCUAUUUCUCGUGCAGUUAAAAACAAGGGUGAUGAGCUCAAAAGUAACUCAACAACUACGAAUACGCGUACAUCUGAUGAAAGCAGGCAGAACACUUGUAGUAAUUUUAACCACAAUCUCCUUUUGAUCAUAGCCUGAUGCUUUUCUACACAGUGUGCCAUUAAGAUACCUACUGUGUUAAUUCGGCUUCUCUCAGGUUGAUCCGAAUUCAGGAACUCGCCUGGUAACUUACCCUCACGGAGUAAGAAUAGUAUUCUCCGACAGGCCAACCAGUCUUGAAGAUGACGCCUUCGCGUCAACAGGCGAUGUCUCAGCAGAUUCCUACCCCACACUCAACUGCAAUGCCAUCUCGAGUCUGAAGCCUCCGCUUGUCAUUACGCCGCAUGUCAGGUGUGCAAUGGAUUCUUUCCGAUGCUGGUUGGAAGACGCUCGCGCUCAACAGUCCUUCCUUCUGAUCGGUCCGGAGGGGUGUGGAAAGAGGUUAGUUUAGCGCCAUCUGUCUGCAAACUGGUAAAAGUCUAAUAUCAUUCAACGUGCUGGGACAUCGGCACGUCUGCGACCGUAACUCGUAACAUGUAAAGCCAACAUCAGAUAUCUCCAGGUGAAUGCGGUUCUGGCCCUUUGGGUCGAUGGGUUUUACUUCCAUGUUACGCCUGAAAAGGUACUCGUCAAGGUAACUUAUGCUAAUGUCGAGUAUAUGAUUGCGAUCAAAAACUUAGCUCUUGACGGGGGACAGUCACGGCGCGGGGCCAUCGGGGCCGCCAAUUAUCACCGCGGCCGACGAAGAUGGGCGGGAUUCAGGUCACGGUGACAUGCGGGUCGGAUGCAGCCACACAGGCGGCAUUGGUGGGUCAGGCAUUAAACAAAGUGCGCCAUAAAAGGAAAGCUGUGUGCACGACUGCUCAGUCUCUGAAGAUGGGUAGAAGAAACGACUACCCGAAACGUCAGACUUGCUUGAGCUUUAUUUGCCAACUGUGUGAGCUAUGUUAAGGUUUCUGACCGGUCGGGCCGCUACUUUCCCAGAUUCACCAACAAGUAAAGAGAAUUUUAUACAUGAAAUCGAUCGUUCGUUUACGAAACUAUGCACAAUACAUUUUAGCCAGUCAUUAACCUUGCCGUCUGUUUCCACAAAAUAGCAUUUCGUUACCGACUUACAACACUUAAGUUUAUGCAUAAAGUCCGCGUUUUCAGGUCCCGGUUGACAGUAAAAGGAAACAAUCUUUUGGGAUGCUUCAAUUGUCCUUUCCCACAUGUUGAGUUAUUCGUGAGUGGCGGAAAAAACGGCGAGAACAAGCGAGACUCCCUCUCUUUUAUCAAUGAUUUGUUUUCUACUACAAGCACAGCAACACUGCCUUUCUCAACAUGAAAUUCGAGUCUUUAUGGCCUACAGAUCCUGUAUUGCAAUAACCCGAAGUUUUCUUACAAUGCCGUACAAUUAUUUGUUCUACCAAGCACGGACAAGUGUUUAGGCCUUGAUUUGGGCCUCACUUAAGUAGGGUCAGGUAAAUCAAAUUGAAUUGCUACGACGAAAAAAACAAUACUGAGGUCUGUUUACGGUUAUUCUACAAAAGUCUACGAUACCAUUUAGUG